UAACCUUCUGUAAAUGGACCCAACAGUAAUCGUAAACCUACGUAAAUUUGUCCGUAACAGUGAAGUGAUCGAAUUGCUUGCGAUUGUCAUUAAUGUUAGCAGGAAAUUGACGCUUCGUCAUCUCAACAGAAUUCGUUUUAGGACGCAAGACUUAGCUAAAGAGCUGCGACGUAACAUGCCUGCCAAGAUGAAAAUAACGGACAGCCCCGCUGUUCGAUUCACGUUGGCGACAGCUCGAAAACACCGUGAAACCGACGAGAGGCUUUGCCUGCAGCGACAGGAGUUAAUCAACAGGCUUGACACGUUUACGGUGUACCUGCAAAGCAGCCGUCGUGUGGCCGAAAUCACAAAACAAUAUCAUUCACAUGGGGAGCGAUCUAUUGAAGAAGCGGCUUCGCUUGUGGGUCUUGGCCUUCCCAAAACAAAAGCAUAGGAAUACAGUUCAAAAUUACACAGGAACACGAGCUACCAUUAACCAUUUUUAAUGAAAAUAAUAUUAAUAGAACAAAGACUAUGUACAUAUUUUAAAAAAACUUCGAUAACAAACAAAAGAAACGCAAAUAUUUGCCUGUGAUCCUUGUUGUUUGGAUAUAAUUAGAAUUCUUAACAACAAGAUUUUUUUCAAAGAAGCUUUUUUUUUGUUCUCCAAACUAGUUUGCCCAUAACAACUUAUGCUCGUCGUGCUAUAGGUUAAACUUGACUGCGUAAAUAAACGCCAAUAACUCCGAUUGUUGACAUCUGAUAACUGGAGAGCGUUUCUCAUAAGUAACUAAUAAUUAGACGAUAAUUAUUUCAUUCUACAAGAACAAAUCAUUACUUAUGGAUUUUGCCUUGUAUCCAGUGAGUUAAAUUAUCUCCGAAUAAAAAGAAAUUUGCAAUUUAGGGGAAAUUAUUAAUAAAGGGCUCAUUAUUAAGCACUCGCAU